AUGAAGGACGGGCCAAGACCAUUGAAGACGGCCAAGACCAUCAAGGGGGGGGGGGGCCAAGACUUACUGGCCAAGACCAUGAAGACGGCCAAGACCAUGAAGACGGCCAAGACCAUCAAGACGCCCAGACCAUCAAGACACACCAUGAAGACGGCCAAGACCAUCAAGACGGCCAAGACCAUGAAGACGGCCAAGACCAUGAAGACGGCCAAGACCAUCAAGACGGCCAAGACCAUCAAGACGGCCAAGACCAUCAAGACGGCCAAGACCAUCAAGACGGCCAAGACCAUCAAGACGGCCAAGACCAUGAAGACGGCCAAGACCAUCAAGACGGCCAAGACCAUCAAGACGGCCAAGACCAUCAAGACGGCCAAGACCAUCAAGACGGCCAAGACCAUGAAGACGGCCAAGACCAUGAAGACGGCCAAGACCAUGAAGACGGCCAAGACCAUGAAGACGGCCAAGACCAUCAAGACGGCCAAGACCAUCAAGACGGCCAAGACCAUCAAGACGGCCAAGACCAUGAAGACGGCCAAGACCAUGAAGACGGCCAAGACCAUGAAGACGGCCAAGACCAUGAAGACGGCCAAGACCAUGAAGACGGCCAAGACCAUGAAGACGGCCAAGACCAUGAAGACGGCCAAGACCAUCAAGACGGCCAAGACCAUGAAGACGGCCAAGACCAUGAAGACGGCCAAGACCAUGAAGACGGCCAAGACCAUGAAGACGGCCAAGACCAUGAAGACGGCCAAGACCAUCAAGACGGCCAAGACCAUGAAGACGGCCAAGACCAUCAAGACGGCCAAGACCAUCAAGACGGCCAAGACCAUGAAGACGGCCAAGACCAUGAAGACGGCCAAGACCAUCAAGACGGCCAAGACCAUGAAGACGGCCAAGACCAUGAAGACGGCCAAGACCAUGAAGACGGCCAAGACCAUGAAGACGGCCAAGACCAUGAAGACGGCCAAGACCAUGAAGACGGCCAAGACCAUCAAGACGGCCAAGACCAUGAAGACGGCCAAGACCAUGAAGACGGCCAAGACCAUCAAGACGGCCAAGACCAUGAAGACGGCCAAGACCAUCAAGACGGCCAAGACCAUCAAGACGGCCAAGACCAUCAAGACGGCCAAGACCAUGAAGACGGCCAAGACCAUGAAGACGGCCAAGACAUGA